AUGCCUAUAGUCCCUCCCACAUCAUUGACCACCUUCCCACCCUUUGAGACGCAUCAGGACACUCACAACCCACAACACGACUCGCCGCUAGAGUUCACCUUCGACGAGCCCUUCGAGUUCGAUUCGUUGGCAGUCAAGCCCGAAAUGGCCGGCGCUGGCUCUCCAUACAUCAAGUCCGAACCCACAGACUUCUCCUUCCAACCACAUCAAUACCAACAGCCCUCGGCCUUCAACAUGAACUCACACCACAUGCAAAACGGCAUGAACGGCAACGGCGACCAUGCCAUGGGCAACUCCAACUUCAACUCGGCCUUUGCCCCCCAGAACAUGUCGUCGAGUUUCAACAUGGGAAACUCUGGCCUCGCCGACGACGAGCUGCUCGAUGGCAUCAACAUGGAUGAUGGCCACCACCACGCCAACAUGCAUCAGUCCCAGUUCAACAACGGUAACAUCAACCAGCACUUCCUCAGCCAAGGCAGCAUGCCCAUGAACAUGGGCCAGCAACACCUCAACAACAAUAACAACAACUUCUACUCCUCGACACCCGAAGGUGCUCCCAUCCAGUCUCCCUUCGUCAACGACUUCAACUACGGCCAAUUUCGCCCCCAGUACAGCGUGCCAACUACAGGCGGCUACAUGAACGGCUUGAACGCCCCUCAAGUCCACCAGAUGGAGCGUAAGAUCUCCGACUCUCGUUCGCCUGCCACUCCAAACACUCCUGGCAUCUCCAAUCUGCACUUGGGUGAUCCCGAGUACCCAUCCACAACCAUGGCCCAGCAGCCUCGGGCCAUUGUCGGACACAGACAAAGUUCGAGUGUCAAUAACUGGGAGAACGUAUCGAAUCCCCACUCAUGGCAGGAUGUGUCACCCUUCGGCUCCCCAUCAAACCCCUUGAUGCAGCACCAGCAGCAUCCCCAGAUCACCGAGGUGCUCAAGUCUUCGAAUGCAGGAGCCAACGGCAAGAUAGCAUCGUCGUUGCCUGCAAAGAUGGAGAAUCCUCCGGCUUUCCAGACCCAAGAGGCGAAGAGAAAGCGCAGAAGAGAAUCUCACAACCUCGUCGAGCGCAGAAGACGGGACAACAUCAAUGAACGCAUCCAGGAUCUCGCUAGCCUCGUUCCAAUGCACAGACUGGAGGACGAGAGAGUCCGAAAGCAUCUCCAGACAAAUGCCCCGCUCUCCCCUUCCAUCGUCGCCACCAGCAUGUCACCCCCUCAAGCUACGUCCCUGUUGGCUGGAGGUAACGGCAGAAGAGCUACCACCACAAGUGUGGGAACAGGCUUGCCCAUGGAUGACAAGGACAAGGGCCCAAACAAGGGUGACAUUCUCAAUGGAAGUGUCGCAUGGACUAGAGAUCUGUUGUGGUACUUGAAACACACUCUCGAAGAGAACGCAGAGCUCAAGGCAAGAGCCCGUGCUCGAGGCGACGAUUGGUCUGCCACCUUGACCGACGACGGAAGACGCAUGGAGACUGAGGUCCAUGAGCUCAUGCAGAAGCUCAUUGCUACCGGCAACCUCCAGGAUUACAGCCGAGGCCAUGGCUCAGGACUCCGAGUCCCAGGCCACACCAAUCUUGCUGGCGAGCCCUUGCACGGACAGGAAGGUCAGUCCAACUAUGGACAAAGUCUCAGCCCCGGCUUCCAGAGUGGCAGUGGAGGUAUCAGUCCUGUGCAAGGCUACUGGCCUUCUGCCGACGAACCGAUCUUCAAGGAAGAAGACGAGUUCACAAUCAACGACCUCUAA